ACAAGGAGCGUGAGAAAAGCAGUGCAGAAGCAAGGUGUCUAGAAAGAGCCUUCUAUGAAGUCAUGGCCUCCAGACUUUGUCUCCUCCUGCUGAUCUUGUGCGGUCUGAAUGUCGCCCAGUGUGGCCUGAGGGUGUAUAAUGUGUAUGCCAGAGGUAUUCGACCUGACCCGGGCAAUAAUAAUGGAGAUGGAUAUGUCAGGAUGUCCUGUGGCCCUGCAUCCAAGACAACAAAUGUUGUCUUCAACACCCCAGACCCAAACUGGCAUGAAGAGUUACACUAUUCUAGAGCUUCGCCAGGCAACUACCUGGAGCUUAGAGUUUAUGACAAAGAUGUGAUUUUUGAUGACCUGCUGGGAAUCUGUGCUACAAAUAUACAGAAGGGAACUCGUAAGCGCUACUGCAGUCUCCCAACAGGUGGAUAUCUCUAUUUCACCUACACCCUCAGCUAAGAAAGUCAUUGUGCUUUUUCUGAUGUCUCAAUCUAUCAAAUUGGAAAAGGGUUCCUUUUAACUGUCAGUACAACAAUGAAAUAAACUUUACUGCAGCAACCAGACGUUCUUGUUCUUUCAUUAACAUUAAUCACACAGAUAAUCCACAAACCA